GUUCCGAGCAACAACGACAACAACGACAACAGCGACGGCGAGAAGACCGAACACAUCUCUACACUACCGAUACCCGGCACGUCACCCCCCCCCACACCCCACACACACGCCAUGCCAAACCCCGUCCCCCGCAUCCAGGUCUUCUCGCACAUCCUCAAGGGCGUCGUGACCAAGACCGGCGCGAUGCGCAAGACCAUCACCGUGACCGUCGCGCGCGAGUUUGAGCACCCCGUCCUGCUGAAGAAGCUGCACCGGACAAAGAAGUACCUUGUGCACGACGAGGCCGAGAAGGCCAACGUCGGCGACAAGGUCACCAUCCGCCAUGGAAAGCCCCACUCCAAGACCAAGAGCUACUCCCUCACCUCCAUCGACGUGCCCUUUGUCGCGCCCAAGGCCCGUGUCAUCCAGGCCCUCGAGGAGAGCAGGACAUGAGCCCGCGGCUUGGCUCAAGGCGUGGACGACGACGAGUAGAUUGCAUGGCAUUGAUUUUCUCCUUUCA